GCGGAUGAACUUGAAUAAUCAUUUCCGGACACCAUUUCCUCACUGCACCUCUGUCUCCUCCUGGCGGCUGCAGAUGUAUAUCCUCGUUCUAUUAGUUUGGUCUGGAACAAGAUCUCUACAUCGAUUACUCUCUUAAUACCACAUUAGAUUUAGGUGUCAGGAUGAGUUUAGCUUACAGCAGGGCUCCUCGAAAGACUGCGGGAAACCGCAUGUCCAGACUGCUGGAUGCAGAGGAGGAUGAGUUCUACAAGACCACCUAUGGAGGAUUUCACGACGAAUCAGGUGAUGAAGAAUAUAAGGGUGACUUGUCUGAAACGGAAGAUGAGGUGGACAGUGACUUUGACAUUGAUGAAGGAGAUGAACCCGACAGCGAGCAGGAGGAGGAUGGGCCACGUCGAAAGAGCAGAGUGGUGACCAAAGCCUACAAGGAGCCAGUUAAAGUGGUGCGGCAAAAACCAAAACAACGGAAACUGGCUGAACUGCCCAGGAGGAUAGACAAGACAAAGAAUGACAAAUACAACCCCCCUGAACUACAGGAGGACAUCAGCAAGAACAGGAAGUCAGUGCGUCAGUCAACAACAGAACACACACGGCUGACGUACUUGAGGCUGCAGGAGAGGCAGGUUGCUCCGCGUCGAAGAAAGCGUACAAGACAUGAGCGACCUUUGACCCAGGCUGAACUUUUAGCAGAGGCCAAGGUCACAGCAGAGAUUAACCUUCGAUCACUGGAAAACUAUGAGCGUUUGGAGGCAGAUAAAAAACGCCAAGUUCAUAUGAAGCGUCAGUGUGUGGGAUCUGUUAUCCGAUAUCACUCUGUGCUCAUGCCAGUGGUGUCUGACGCCACUUUUAAAGAGGAAAACGUGGAUGUAGAGGGUUUGGACCAAGACGCCCAACAGAAUCCAGGCCCUCACCCUCCACAAGCUCUUUCCCAGUCAGAAUCAACCCUUACUGCGCCACCUAGUGUCGUCUCCGCUAACACAGCUGCUGUAAACCCUUCCCUGUCAUCAGGGCCUGCCAAAUGCUCCCGCACCUACAUCACAUUCAGUGAUGAUGAAUCCUUCCAGCGUUUCUUUCCCGAGUCCCCACCUCCUCGAAUUCCUGUACAGGAGAUCUGCCCUGUUACCCAUAAGCCAGCGCUCUACCGAGACCCCAUCACAGACAUUCCCUACGCUAAUGUACAAGCCUUUAGGAUAAUCCGGGAAGCCUAUAAAAAGUAUGUGGCGGCCCACGGCCUGCCCUCCACUGGCACAGCGACUCCAGCUGACACCACUGCAAAGAAUCUGCGCCAGAAGAUCAUUAUUAAACAAGGCAUGUAGAACAAUACACAAGAUGGAAUCUAUCUGUCUUUCUGUCUGUCUGUCUGUCUAUCCAUCCAUCCAAGAAUAAUAAAUAUUCUUUGGUGAAAUACAGUACAUCUGCAUAAAAAUGUUUGCUGCCAAAUCUCUGUCCAGUGUAUUUGUAUGUGCAAUAAGCUGCAUAAUUGAAUGUGAUUUUCGUAUAAAUGCUUAAUGUAACUUUAUUUAUUGUUUUUUUAAAUGCACUGU